CAGCCCUCGCUGGUGUGCAGGCCUUGCCUGCCCAGCUCCCCCUUGUCCCUGUCCCCCUCAGCCUCGCUGGUGCAGGGACCCCCAGCUCGUUAGCUCUCUCCUCAUCCCUGGCCCCCUCGGUAGGGUCCCCGGGGGUCCCAGCUGUCCUCAUGCCAUCCAUGUGGGGAGAGGUCCGGGUGCCUCCCUGCCGUGCCCCCGGGACUGUGGUGCCUCUCCAGGCUGGUCCUGCUUGCCAGAGGCCACUGAAUCCUGAGGGCAUUCCCUGUGGGGCUGAUGUGAAAUGGUGGCUUAUACAAAACGGAGUGUUCACUCACCUGGAAAUGCUGGAGAGACAGGCUCACCAGACAGCCCUGAAGCAAGAGGAAGAGGAGCAGCAAGAAGAGAAGCUGGCCAUGCUGAAAGCCAGAGUGCAGGAGCUGAGACUCCAGAGGGAUCAGCUGCAGGCUAAAGUGGACCUGCAGCAAAAUGGGCAACCUGGGAAGGAAGGAGCUGUGUCAGAUCCAGCACAGCCCAGUGCUCGGGCUGUUGUAGAGUGGAAGGUAAAGAGCAUUGAGGCCAUGCUGAAGCUCUUCUAUCUCACAGGGAUCAGCGGGAAGCGGACCAAGCGGGGGGUAUGUUUCUGUAUCAGCACGGCUUACGAGGGCAACUACUUGGAUUUCUACUACUUGGACCUGCUCACCAAGCCAGAAGUGCAGAUUCACCGCCACUCCAUCCCCAUCUUCAUCCCCCUGGAGCAGAUUGCCAAGAAGUACUUGCAGACGGACAUCAGGCGCUUCUUGUCUGUCCUGUCCGACCACCUGAACGCUUACGUGGGGAGGAGGUACCAGGCAGACCAGUUACAGGAACAGUUUUCAGACCAAAUCGUAGGAACCAUGCAGAGGAACUCCUUGUGUAACUUGCUGGUCUUUAAUUACAACGUGUCAAGUAAAAGCCAGACCUUUCAGUUCAAUGUGAGGCUGCUCUACGGAGAUCCCUGCUGCAGCCUCCCCACUGAGGUCACCGUAUCUUCCACACCGGAUGCUCCCACGUUUCUGGCAGAGGUGGCAGCAGCUCACUCGGACCUGCUCCGCCGCCUGGCUCUGCACAAAGCCUUCCCCGCCCUCCGCAGCGCGGAGGGAAGCGCGCACCCAGCACCCUGAGCCGCCCUGGCUCGCAGGAACGGGCCUCCCUCGUUCCCUCGCCUGCAGGGGGUGAUCUCAAUACGCAAAUGUUUUCCAUGGACUUGCCGCACUGCUGCUGGGAACGCCCCCGAGGAGCAACGGGCGCCGUUUGGAUCUCCAGAGGAAUGUUUCCUUGAGGCUCUGGGGUGUUUUUUGUUGCAGGUGAUCUUGCCUCCGUGCUGUUUACUUGUUUGAGUGCAGUUGGUGCCACAGAACUGCACAGUUCUGGGCAGUGUCUCACAACCAGAAUCAGAAGCUACUCAAACAUCCAGAUCUCAGUGUUUUGGGGGCAGUGCCCUGUGGAUCAGCACGGUGCACUCAUCCAGCACACCUCGAAAAGGAGAGAGUGAGCAGAAUAAUCUGUGUCCUGCUUAAAACGGCCAUGAAAGGGCUUCAAUUUAGAAGCUGAAAGGGGCUGAGGGACAGAAGUGCAGUUUCCUUACAGCCAGCAGCAUCCCAGGCCCUUGUGUAGGUGGUGUUAACACCCUCCCCCAAGCAUGAACUUCCCAGAAAAUUCCACACCAGCGGCAAGCAGCUUUGUGGGUUCUGUUCCCUCCCCUUCAGGCCUGGGGCAGCUGUGCUGAUGUCCUGUCCUGCUUCAGGUCUGAAUCAGAUCUUUUCAAACUUGCUAUUUUGUAACAGUAUUUUAAAAACUUGUUAAUAAAAGUUCUACCCUAGUGA